AUGACCACCAAAACCGCCCAAGUCUUCCACGGCACCCUAAUCCACAGCAAAGACCCCCAAACCCUGGAAAUCCUGCCAAACACCCUCCUCAUCAUCUCCGCAACAGGCCAAAUCCAAUCCCUCCACCCCUCCACCAACCCAACCGACAUCCCAACCCUUCUCACCCAAGCAAACCACAACCCCGACACAACCCCCAUAACCACCCUCUCCGCCACCGAAUUCCUCAUCCCUGGCUUCAUAGACACGCACACACACGCCCCACAAUGGUCUCAACGCGGCCUCGGCCGCGGCAUCGACCUCCUCACCUGGCUGGAGCAAAUCACCUUCGCGCACGAAGCCAAGCUCUCCGACCCCAUCUACGCAAAACAACUCUACCGCGCCGCUGUCCAGGGAAGCCUCAAACAAGGCAUAACAACAGCCUGCUACUACGGCUCCCGCCACAAAGACGCCUCGAUCAUCCUGGCCGAAACAUGUCUCGCCAUUGGCCAGCGCGCACUAAUCGGGAAAUGUAAUAUGAAUCGCCACGCACCGGACUGGUACGUCGACUCUUCAGUCGACGAAUCCGUCUCCGAUACGGUCGAGUUCAUCGCCAAAGUAAAGGAAUUAGAUGGAGACACCGGUCUCGUGACACCGGUCAUCACGCCCCGGUUCGCAAUAACCUGCGACGAGACUCUCCUGAGUCAACUGGGUACAAUCGUGAAACAGAACCCGGGUAUACCAGUGCAGACACACUUCAACGAAUCCCACGGAGAAGUCAAUUUCACCAGAGACCUGUUCCCGCAAUUCAAGAACGAGACGGAACUCUACGAUAACUAUGGUCUCCUCACUAACCGGACUAUCCUGGCUCACGCCAUCUACCCACAACCCGAGGAAUUCCCCCGUCUCAAAGAACUAGACUGUGGUGUCGCGCACUGUCCCAUCCCCAAUACAACCAUGGACGAGUUCAUGAUCGCCCCUGUGCGGGAGUAUCUCUCGCGCGGGAUCAAGGUCGGCCUGGGCACGGAUUGCGGGGGCGGAUACUCGUCGUCUAUGCUUGAUGUGAUGCGGGCGGCGUUUAUGGUGUCUGUUGCGAAGCAGACGGAGACAGAGGGGAAAGAUGCGCCGUUGAGUGUUGCCGAGAGUUUUUAUCUAGCGACGCUGGGUGGGGCGAGGGUUGCUGGGUUGGAGGACAGGGUGGGACGGUUUGCACCCGGGUUGGAGUUUGAUGCCUGUCUGGUUAGGACGGGCGUCGCGGAGGGGAUUAUGGCGCCUGUUGAGGAGGAAGACGGAGUUGAGGGCGUUUUUGAGAAGUUCCUUAUGACGGGGGAUGAUCGGAAUAUUGUUAGGGUUUGGGUUAGGGGGAGGGAGGUUAAGGGGUCUUCUUCUGCUUGA